GACUGUGGGAAGAGAUUCACCUCAUCAGGCAUUAAAAUUCAUCAGAGAAUCCACACAGGAGAGAAAUCUUUUAGCUGUACUCAAUGUGGGAUGAGUUUUACUCAGUCAACCAGCCUCAUAUCGCACCAGAGAAUACACACAGGAGAGAAACCAUAUAGCUGUGAUCAAUGUGGGAAGAGUUUUACUGACUCUAGCAGUCUGACUAAACACCAGAGAAUACACACAGGAGAUAAACCUUAUAGCUGUGGUCAAUGUGGGAAGAGUUUUGUAAAAUUUAGAGAUCUGACAGUGCACCAGAGAAUACACACAGGAGAGAAACCUUUUAGCUGUGGUCAAUGUGAGAAAAGUUUUGGUCAAUCUAGCCAUCUGACAGUGCACCAGAGAAGACACACAGGAGAGAAACCUUAUAGAUGUACUAAAUGUGGGAAGAGUUUUGUUCAAUCUAGCCAGCUCUCAUUACACCAGAGAACACACACAGGAGAGAAACCUUAUAGCUGUUGUCAAUGUGGGAAGAGUUUUGUUCAAUCUAGCCAGCUCUCAUUACACCAGAGAACACACACAGGAGAGAAACCUUAUAGCUGUGAUCAAUGUGGAAAGAGUUUUGCUGCAUCUGGCAAUCUGACUAGACACCAGCAAGUACACACAGGAGAGAAACGAUUCCACUGUUCAGAUUGUGGAAAAAGAUUCUCAACUUCACAGAAUUUGAAGAUGCACCAGAAAACACACACAGGAGAUCAAAUUUUAUAGCUGAGGUCAAUGUGGGAAGAGCUUUAUUACAUCUAGCCAUCUGACAGUACACCAGAGAACACACACAGGAGAGAAACCUUAUAGCUGUGAUCAAUGUGGGAAGAGUUUUACUGACUCUAGCAGUCUGACUACACACAGGAGAUAGCGGUAUGACAGUACACCAGAGAACACACAGAGGAGAGAAAUCUCUUAGCUGUGACCAGAGAUAAUCUGAUAAAAGAUCUCUGAUCAAAUGUCAGAAAAUACAUGAAGGAGUUGUUUCAUGAUAUCAAUGAA